GCAGCUCCUCAGACUCUGCGAGGAGGGAGAGAGAGAGGUGCCAGUUCUGUCACAGCUCCAGUACAAGAGGCACGGAACAUGGGCAGAGGGGGCUGCCUGCUUCUAGUGGCAGUGAUGGUGGGUUAUAUCUGCACCACUUCUGCUAUACCAGAUGACGAGUGCCCCGACGCCUCUCCUGCCCGGGAGAACUGCGAGUUUGACGAGGUGUGCGAGGACGCCAGCUGCAAGUACAACCAGUACGUGACCUGUCACCUCAACCGGUGCGGAACCUGCGAGGCUGUUUUCCGUGGUUUCGACAACCUGACUGUCAACUGCAACCAGCUGACGCCCAAGUGCCGUCUGAUCCACCUGGAGAUGCUUCACAAGAGCCGGACGGCCAGCCGGCAGCCGGGGGGGAGGAGGGCCGACGACCUGUACGACCCCGAGUGCGAGAGGAAUGGCACCUUUAAAGCCAAGCAAUGUGACGACUCCAACCUGUGCUGGUGCGUGGACAGCGCCGGGGUCAGGGUCACUGACAAGACCGGCGAUGAUCCCAAGUGCGACCAGCUCGUCCGCGUCCACCUCAUUCAGAUCGAUUUCAGCUUCAAAGUCGAGUUCGUCUUCCUGAAGAUGAAGGAGGCAGCUGUUCGACGGAAGGUGGCUAUCAAACUGGUUAAAGAGUACACCCUGAAAGCAACCCAGAUCCUGGAGAUCACGGUCCACGAGUUGUCCAGAGAGAUCUGCAUCCGGCUGAGUGAGAACGGGACCAAAGAUCCUGCCGACAUCUCCACCGUGGCGUACUACAUCGAGAGGGAUCUGAAGACCAACCAGUUCACCCUGGAAGUGGACGGGAAGAGCCUGCAGGUGGAGAGGGAGUCCGUCCAGGUCUGGUUCUUCGACAACGAGCCGCCUCGGAUCAACAUGAAGUCCAUCUCGCCGGGCUUCGCAGCCAUCAUCAUCAUUGUCGCGCUGGCCAUCCUCACUGGGAUCGCUGUGUUUGUUGUGGUCAGAAGGAGAGCGAAGGAAGACUGGCAGAGGAUCCAGUUCGAAGUCAUCGAGGGCCAGGAAAUGGAAGAGCAUCAAAUGGCUCAGAGGAUGGGUUUAGCACGUUAACCCUCGAGAAACCAACUCUACUUUUUGGAUUCUUGGAACCAAGUCUGCUUUUUGUUGCACCCGGGAGCUUUUUGUAGCCUCGAUCAUAGCACAGAGUCACGAGUAAACCCAACUGGUGAUUGAACUCCAGCGCAAGAGAAGAAAAAAGCUAAACAGAAGGUCGUGGUCAACACCCCAUUGCCAAGAAGCUUAGACAUCUUGCAGAUUGACUCUCAAGCAAGCUGCUGUGCCAGAUGUUUAACCAGAGUUCCAGGUCAAACCUGAAGAUCUGCCUGCCCCACUGGAAGAGUGAGGAGUUUUAUGUAGAGAUUCAAAGUUCCUCCUUUAACUAAAUUACUCCUGUUGUUUGAGGGUGACAUUUUCCGGUUCUCGCUGUCUGGAGGUGAAAUUCUACGACCUCGGAGGGGCAUUUGUGGAUGAGCUGCCCACUCAGUCUAAGAAAUGGAAAAUCUGGUGAAAGUACACAGUCAUUGGGUCAUAAAUUCCUUCAGAACUGCUCCAUCUUCUCACCCGCUGUGCUGUAAAAGUCGUGAAUAAACAUGGCUUUUCCUCCACAGGGCAGAGACAGCCUUCAGGGGACUUCUGGCUGAGAUAUUUCAUGCUACAUUUUGUUUAACAAUUGCUUCAAUCACUGCAAAAGUGCAUAUUAUUGUGAUGUGUAGAUGCCAGUUUGUGAA